AUGGCGACAUACGCGACUUGUCACGAAGUUGGCCCGCUCUGUCCCGUUGAACUGACGACCUAUGGCUACUACCCUAAUUUCGGAGGCAACGUCUUCUUCACAGUCUUCUUCGGUAUUCUCGGGAUCGCCCAGACCGGUCUCGGUGUUUACUAUCGGACAUGGACAUUUCUGACCGCGCUGCUAAUUGGCACAUUCAUGGAAAUGGCAGGCUAUAUUGGACGAGUCCUCAUGAACGAUAAUCCCUGGUCCGGGCCUGCAUUCAAGCUCCAGAUCGUGUGUCUGGUGUUGGCACCUACCUUCGUCGCCGCCGGUGUCUAUCUGACCCUCAAGCAUAUCAUUCUCAGCCUGGGACCCCAGCAUUCAGCCCUCAAACCGCGCCUUUUCACCUGGAUCUUCAUCGGCUGCGAUAUUGGAUCGCUCAUCUUGCAGGCUGCCGGAGGAGGUGUGGCCGCGGCCGCAGGAAAUGACGACAUGGACAUGCUCAAAGCAGGAGACAAUAUCAUUAUCGCUGGUAUCGCGUUCCAGGUCGCCACGAUGGCCGUGUGUGGAGUCUUCGCUGUCAUCUUCUUCGUGCGGGUAUUCAAGCGAGGCGAUGGCUUCGCGGGUGAAAAGGAUCUCGACACAGGUCUUUCGACCAUCGUGCCCAAGUGGAUGCCAUUCCUGGUGGGUGCUGAGGUCUUUGCUUACUUCACGGUGUUGAUCCGAUGUAUCUAUCGGUUGCCCGAGAUGGCUGGUGGCUGGGGAAACCCUCUGAUGCAGAAGGAGAACGAGUUCCUCGUUCUGGAUGGAAUGAUGAUUGCCCUGGCUUGCUUGGCCAUGACUCUCUUCCACCCCGGCAUCUUCCUCCCAUCGCUGCGCUAUCCGUCCAAACCCCGCGUCUGA